AGAAGCUCCAAGGUAUACCGACCUAACACACUCUCAUUUUCUACAAACAAACAAAAAGUAACAAAUUUUAUUGGUAUUUAUUAUUAUUAUUUUAUUUUUUUGAAGUAAUUUAGAAUUUUUAUUUAAUGAGCGAUAAAUAAAUAUAAUAAAAUAAGAAAAAAGAAGUUAUGGAUUCGGUGGCAGAGCAACGCUACACAAAAAGGAAGCGCAUACAACCUAACUUCUCCGAACUGCAAGAGCCACCCAGCCGCACGCACCAAACUAAAACAAAACCACUCUCAUUCAUUAAUUAACGUAAGAUUCCUCAAAAAACAAUCUUAAACCUUCAAAGUUCAAUUCAAACCAACCAUGUCUCUCACAUAGUACUCACUCACUCACUCACUGUGUGUGUGUGCUACUAUUGCACUUUCUAUAGAACCAGCAAAAAAGCUGCAAACUUUAUCACAGAUAACAAUCCACAACCUCUUUUUAGUUCAUGGGUAGGAACAAAAACCAAAUUUUUGAUGACAAAACAGAUGGGUUUUUCUCAGUUUCAGAUUUGGGGUCUCAAUCUCACCAUGAAGAUUACUAUUAUCCUGGAGGUUUGUUUGCUAGCGUUGGUCAAAUGGGAAUAGGCUUUGGUGUUCAGCAACCAAACCCUCCUGAUUCCUCUCAAAAUGGUGAUGACCCUAAACUUCCUUUCAAUGAAUUAUAUGUUAAGUAUAUUCAAUCACUAUGGAAAUUUGAGCCAAAUGGGGUUAAGAAUGUGAAGGGGGGAGGUGAAGAAGUUGUUAAGGUGAAGAAUACAAAUGGUGGCUUUAAACUUAAGAUUAAGAUAAGGAAUCCUUCUAUUAGGAGGUUGUGUAGUGGAGCUAUUGCUGGGGCAAUUUCUAGAACAACUGUGGCACCUUUGGAGACUAUUAGGACUCAUUUGAUGGUUGGAAGUAGUGGUCAUUCUACUACUGAGGUUUUUCAAGAUAUUAUGAAAACUGAUGGAUGGAAGGGUUUGUUUAGGGGUAAUCUUGUUAAUGUCAUUCGGGUUGCACCUAGCAAAGCCAUUGAGCUAUUUGCUUAUGAUACGGUAAACAAGAACCUUUCCGCAAAGCCUGGGGAGCAGUCCAAACUCCCAGUUCCUGCAUCAUUGAUUGCAGGUGCUUGUGCUGGAGUGAGUUCAACUAUAUGCACGUAUCCACUUGAACUACUCAAGACUAGACUAACUAUCCAGAGAGGUGUUUACAAUGGUCUUGUUGAUGCAUUCGUGAAAAUAAUUAAAGAAGAGGGUCCUGCAGAACUUUACAGAGGCCUGACUCCUAGUCUUAUUGGAGUUAUUCCAUAUUCGGCUACCAAUUACUUUGCCUACGAUACUCUACGGAAAGCAUACCGAAAAUUUUUUAAACAAGAGAAGAUUGGCAACAUUGAAACCCUUUUGAUUGGUUCAGCAGCCGGUGCUAUUUCAAGUACUGCAACUUUUCCACUCGAGGUGGCUCGCAAGCAUAUGCAAGUUGGAGCUCUUAGUGGAAGACAGGUCUACAAAAAUGUGGUUCAUGCACUUGUUAGCAUACUCGAACAAGAAGGAAUCCAGGGUCUAUAUAGAGGGCUUGGACCUAGUUGCAUGAAGUUAGUACCAGCUGCCGGAAUCUCAUUCAUGUGUUAUGAAGCAUGCAAGAAGAUAUUGAUAGAUAACGACGAGGAGGAAUAGGCCGAGUCAAGUGUUUGGUUUCCACCGAAGCCAAGUUGUGGAACUGCUGCAUACUUUUUUUAUACAUUCGGUUAACUUAUUCUGGUUUCUCUUUUAUACUGGAUUUUUUCACCCUCACAAAUCACAUUUCUAAGCAUCUGAGAAUGAAUGUUGGCUUUUUUGUUUAUUUUUGUUGCUGCCAGGUUUUUCAUUGUGUCUUGGCUGCACAUCUUCAAGGUCAAAAUCUACUUUGUAAUCUUGUUCUUCUUGGAAAUUGACUGUAACCAAUCAUAUUCUAUGAAGUUAAUUUUUGUUGAGCA